UUUACGUUUUAUGUACUGAUUUUCAGCCAAUACAUUUAUACCUCUCAUUAUCCACAGAUCCCUGUUUAUAUGACAGGUUAUUCAUUUUUAAAUGACUAUCUAACUCUUAUUUUAUCGAAACAAUCAUCGCCUGUGCUUAAGCCUCUGAAGGAGUCAGAGCGCCCUCCUGUGGUGACUGGAAGAAAGUGCAGGAUUUGAUUGGCCUUGCAGUGUUGAGCAAGGUGUGUAUGCGUGUGUUUGCCUGUGUGUUUGUGUGUGAACAGGGUGACGCACUCUCCUCUCUAUUUAAAAACGUGAGCAGGCAGAAACGGGCAAAGUUCAGUUGCCAAGAACACAGUGAGCAGAAUGGACUCAGGCAAGCAGAACAUGGCCCUCAGAGAAGGAUUCCUGGUGAAGAGGGGCCAUCUGGUUCACAACUGGAAGGCUCGCUGGUUCGUGCUGAUGCCGGACAAGUUGCUGUAUUACAAGUACGAAGGAGGCAAAAGGGAUUCGUGCCAGAGGGGGGGAAUCCUCCUGAAGGACUGCGUGAUGACUUCUCCUUUCCUGGAGCACGAAAACAGACCGCUUGUGUUCAAGCUCCAUACAAAGAAUGGGGUGGAUCAUUUUCUGGAGGCUUGUUCCCGGGAGGAGAGAGAUGACUGGGCCGGUGACAUCACCGCUGCGGUCGGCAAGCUGCAGACAUCUGAAGGUGUGACGGCGCCGAAGCAGCCGGACCCCGCCGGCUCCCAGUUUCACAACAUCGACCUGAGCAAGGUGUUGGACUCCAUGUACGACGUGCACAGCGGCAUCAACAUGAGCAUCCACGUGGAGCAAGGCAACACUUACAGCAACUGCUUCUCAGGUUCAGCGGUGGUGGACUGGCUGGUGUUCAUGCAGCUGACUCUGACCCGCGUGGAGGCCAUGACGCUGGCCUCGGCCCUGCUGGAGGAGGGCUUCCUGCGGACCGUCGGCCUGAAGAGCGUGGAGGCCGUCCGCACCGCCGGCCUCGGCGAGCAGUUCCUGGACGACUCCACCGCGCUGUACAGCUUUUCUGACAGCUUAAAGAAGAGAGGAAGUGUGAAGGCUGAGGCUUCGCGGUCUGCAGUGGAGCUGAGUGGAAAAGUGAUCAAGAGAGGAUAUCUACUGAAACAGGGACACAGGAGGAAGAACUGGAAGCUGCGACUGUUUGUGCUGCGUUCAGAGCCGGCUUACCUUCACUAUUAUGACCCAACCAAGGAUGACAUCAGCCCCGCUGGCGGCUUCUCCCUGCGGUCCUGUCUGGUGUCUUCUCUUCACGAUAACGGAGUUCCCUCAGGCGUGAAAGGCAACAUCCAAGGCAACUUGUUCAAAAUCAUCACCCAGUCAGACAUACAUUACUUCAUGCAGGCGCCGACCCACCAGCAGAAGACGGACUGGAUCGAUGCGAUCCGACAGCAGACGUAGAGGAAAAGGCUAUUUUACAGCUCAUUAACAUAUUAACCAGUUCAUUUAUUCAGCUUUGAAGAAAGAUUUACACAUUCUAUGAAUGUACGCCGGAGCAGCAAACCAGGAUCAAGUCGUUUAAAUUGAUUUAAAUGACAAUGUUAGUGAUCACAAAACAUGUAUGAUCAUUAAUUUCAGUCUAUCAGUUUAAUUAUUUUGUAUUUGUUUGUUUGUUAAAAAGCCCAACAAGCUCAAUGUUUUGCAUGUGUUUUACAAGAUGUGUUCCUGAAUAAAGCAUAAAUCAUUUUUA